GUUCAGAAGCUGACGCCAGAAUGCGGAUACUUUAUAUAAGAAAAUGUUUUCUUUUGGGAACAUUUGGGAUUGUGUGUCUUUUCUUCAUUUUUCACGUGUAUAAACUUCAAACAUGGCAACGGCUUGGGAUAUCUGGACAAAGAUCUAAUGAAAUCCACAUUGUGAAGAGACAGAUAUUUGACAAGAACAACUCUAAGGAAAUUGUAUGUGUAAACUUUCAGGGGCGACUCGGAAAUCUUAUGAUAGAAUAUGUAUUUUUGUACGUGAUAGCAAAAAUUAAGAAAUUAUACCCUAUCGUCCCUGAAAACUCGGAAUUGUUUCAAAUUUUUGAUAUACAAAAGACCACACUUUCGGCAAUAAAGAAGCCGAAAAAUGCGUGUUUGAAACUCCCCCUACACAAAGAAAGAUGGGGGCUGUCAUAUGACGAGAAGCUGCUCAGUGUCCCUCCUUCCAAAGGAGUGAGAUUUGAUGGCUUCUAUCAGUCAUGGAAAUACUGGAUAAAAUAUGAAGAGGAAAUUCGGGAUAUCCUAACUUUCAAAGAACAAAUACGGAAAAAAGCUUACACACAGAUGAAGGAUAUCCUGAAUCAGAUGAAGUUUAGUUCAAGUAAAAAUAAUGUUGUUGUCAGUAUACAUAUCAGGAGAGGAGAUUAUGCAACAGCAGGACAUUAUAAGUACGGCAAACUUACACCAAAUGAAACGUAUUAUCAGAAUGCCAUGAAAUAUUUCAAAACAAAAUACCAAAAGGUAUUGUUUAUUGUGGGUUCAAAUGAUAUUGGGUGGUCUAAAAAGGCCCUAGCAAAUGAAACAAAUGUGUACUACUCCACAGGGAAUUCCCCAGCAGAAGACAUGGCUUUACUUUCUCUGGCCAAUCAUACCAUCAUGUCUGUAGGGACGUUUGGCUGGUGGAUUGGAUGGAUGGCACGAGGAACCAGUAUAUUUUAUAAGAAUAUAUUCAGACCUGGGACUGGUUUUGCUAAAGAGUUCCGAAAUAAUUCCAUUGAUGAUUUCAUUUAUCCUGGGUGGAUUCCAAUGGAAUAAACGUAAAAUGUAUUUGAAAUCUUGAGGAAAAGAAGAAGA